AGGCAUCAAAGUGCCGCUAAGGAAAAAUUGUCUACGCAAUGAAAAUUCUUUUACAUACUGAAUAUAUUACGAAUGUCCCCUCCAGGCAGUCGAAUACGACACAGUAUAGCAGUCAUCGGUCAGGAAGGAUGGCGUAUGCACGGGCGCAGUCGACGUUUGCAGCUAUAGCAACGCUCCUUGCUUACGGUACUCUAGCUCAAAGACCCAAUCCGAUCAAAGAGGCUCUACUACUGCACAACAGCAACUUCUCAGAGGCUACAUUCGAGGACUGUAUAUGGAAACGGGAAAGGGAGCCAUGCCCGGACCCUGACGUACUAUUGCAUCUCUACACAGAAGCGGAGCCCUUCAAGAAAGUUGUGGAUCUGUACAGUGAAGAUUGGUUGAGACAAAGUGGAUGGGAGCCGUCCCAUGAGACUAUUCUGCUGAUACACGGCUACGCCGGCGGUGAUGAUACUUUGCCUAUCACAGUACUUAGAGACGCGUAUCUCCGACGUGGUGGGUACAACGUAUUUAUGCUCGACUGGGGGGCGCUCUGCCAGCCCCCGUGCUACGUGGCCGCUGUGCACAACCUGCGCCCGGUGGCUCGCUGCGCGGCCGAGACCCUGAAUUCACUCCGACGGGCCGGACUACGCCCCGACCGCCUCACAUGCGUGGGCCACUCGCUCGGCGCUCAUCUCUGUGGCAUACUUGCCAACUACAUCAACUUCAGGUUGAAUAGGAUUAUUGGUCUAGACCCAGCUCGUCCUCUAAUCAGGUCGGCGCCAGCUCUGCGUCUAGAUCCAGGGGAUGCGCGCGCUGUACAUGUGCUCCACACCAACGCCGGCCGGUACGGCGAAGCUUCAAGACUUGGCCAUGCCGACUUCUGCCUCAACGGUGGCCGUAGCCAACCUUACUGCGAAGACACUCUUAACGAGGCGCUGUGCAGCCACGUGUGGUCGGUGUGCUACCAGGCGGAGAGCCUGUUCAGGUCGCGCGAGGCGGUGCCGUGCGGCCGGCGCUGCUCGGUGCGCGUGCCGCCCGCGCGCGCCUCCGCCAUGCCCGUGCCGCUCGGACAACCCGCGCCCAUGACAGCAUCAGGCGCGUACUGUAUCGAAGACUUCGCUACGCCGUUCUGUCCGAGCACCACGGGGCUAGCGGAGGGCGACCGUCGCUGCUGCCUGGACGAACAGUACGCGGCAGCCGCCACCACCACGCCGCCACCACGGAAGCGGCCGCGUCCACUUAUUAAGCUCCGCGCGGGCAGGAUCAAGUCCGGGCUCGAUAACGUGGUCCCACACGAUAACUAAUGUUAGAAACAGUCUACGGUGAAAUAGAAAUUAUUAGCUUGCUUUUUAAAAAGUUUUUUUACCAGUCAAACUGAACGUUUCUUACAAAGAAAUACAGGUCGUUUUAAUAGGUUAAAAUAGAUCGCUGCGUAAUUACGAGGUAAACGAUAUCAGGGUACCAUUGAGAGAGGAUAGAUGAGGAUGAAAACAAAUCAUUUGGCCCAUCGCGACAAAUUCAAGAUUUUUUCGCGAGAAUCAGUUCAAUUACGAUGGUUUCCGGGUAAAACAGCGUGUAGGUCGACCUGAUAAGAUAUAUUUCUAAUUUUAGAUCCCAUUAUUAACAAUCCCUUUUUUUCCAAAAACCCGCAACGGUUGGAAAUAUUUAACCUUCUAUACUUUAAUAUACAGCAGGUCUAGACUUCAUCUAUCAAAUUCAAAUUUAAAUCAUCUUUAUUAAAAUACACAUGUUUAUAGGCACUUUUAAAUCAUUUUUUUUAUGAAUGCAGGAUUUGGAAAGUUAUUAUCUGCUAAGAAGAACCCGCAAGGAAAUUAACAGUUACUAUUUUAAAUUUCUGUUAAUAU